CAAAAAAGAUGGCAACGAUUGCUGACUGCUGUCCAGAGGAUUUAUUGCGAAAAUGGCGCAUUAUGUGAUAUUUCCACAUAAUUUAUUUAUUAUAAGUGAAAAUAUGUGCAGUGCAGUUUUGUGAUAGUGUGUUUAAAUACAUAAAUGACAGUGUCUGAAGUGUGUAAAUAGAACUUCACCUUUCUACAGGAUAUUGGAUUACAUAUAAAAUAAAGCCAAAAUGGUGGUCGGGGAGAACAAACGUUCGACGAACAUCAUGGACGGUAUCGAGAAUACCGGGGACGUGCGGCUACACGACCACAGACUGCGUCUAAAACAGAGAUUUGACAUAGUAAGAAAAUUAGGACAGGGGACGUACGGGAAGGUGCAGCUAGGUAUUAACAAGAAGACGGGGCAGGAGGUCGCGAUCAAGACCAUCAAGAAGUGUAAGAUAGAGACAGAGGCGGACUUGGUGCGCAUUCGGCGCGAGGUGCAGAUCAUGUCUUCCGUGAGGCAUCCCAAUAUUGUACAUAUUUAUGAAGUAUUUGAAAAUAGUGAGAAAAUGAUUCUUGUAAUGGAGUACUGUUCCGGAGGGGAGCUGUACGACUACCUUAGUCAGAAAAAAGUAUUAGAAGAAGAAGAAGCUAGGAGGUUAUUUCGCCAAAUAGCGACCGCAGUAUACUAUUGCCAUAUACAUAAGAUAUGCCACAGAGAUUUAAAGUUAGAAAACGUGUUGUUAGACGACACGGGUAGUGCUAAGAUAGCAGACUUCGGUCUGUCGAACGUGUUCAAAGAGACGUCGCUACUGUCGACGUUUUGCGGGUCGCCGCUGUACGCGUCGCCGGAAAUUGUCAAAGGAACGCCGUAUAUAGGACCCGAGGUGGACUGUUGGUCUCUGGGUGUGUUGCUGUAUACUCUAGUCUACGGCGCGAUGCCGUUCGAUGGAUCCAACUUCAAGCGUCUAGUCCGACAAAUCAGCAACGGAGAUUACUAUGAACCCAAAAAUCCUUCAACCGCGUCGCCGCUGAUCCGCGACAUGCUGACGGUGGACCCGCUGAAACGUGCCGACAUCGCGUACAUCUGUGAUCAUCCUUGGGUGAACGGCGGUUGCGAGACGUCGUGCCUGGAGGUGGCGGAGGCGCUGGCGGCCGAGACGCCGGUGCGGCUCGACCUGCUGCUGUCGCUCGCGCCCGCCGCGCCCUCACACUCCAACAGCGUGCUCGUGCCCGACCAGAACGAGCUGGGGCCGGAGGAGAGCUGCACGGACCUGACCAGCUCCGCGUCCAUGCCGGUGGAGCCCAGCAACUCCGCAGAGAAGAGGAUACUCGAGCUAGUGGCGGAGGGCGGCGAAGAUGCCAUCAAGCCGUCGCCGACGCGCACGCUGGUGGCGGCCGGCGACUACAAGCGCAAGCUCGACGCCGCCGUGUCCAACAGCGGCCUCGUGCGCAAGAAGGAGCGCGUCGCCAGUUCGGUCAGCGUCCCUCCUUUGUCUCCAGCGCUGCCUGAAGAGGACGCGAAACUGGACUCGCCCCCCACUGACGAGUACCAAGAAACCGAACCCCCGCUGACUCUCAAGUCUUCGGCCACAAUAACUAUAGCGCCCACGCCGGAACCCGCGCCGGAACCACCCAAGGAACCCGAACCCAAAGUGGAACCCAAAGAAGAAAAGCCAAAAGAAACCCCAAGACCAAAAUUAGUUAUCAAGAAGAAAACCUCCCCUACAAAAUCUGAAGAGAAAUCGCCGGAGAAGCUAGAGUCACCGAAGAUUGAUGAAUCCAAAACUAAUUCGGUAUCGUCUACGGCGGAGAAGCUGACUUCGUUGUCGUUGGCGCAGCCCGCCGCGACCACGCCUACCAAGCCCAAGAAGCUGUCUAUUGGUGGACAUGUCGGCAGUUUCAAAGAACAGUUCGAGAGGCGCGCCUCGCUCACGACAUCGCCAGAAAUCAAAAGAAACAUAUCAAAACCUGUGGUGUCUAAGAUCGCGAAGCCCAAAGCCCAGAGCGAGGACCGCGAGUUGCGCGCGCGCUCGCCCGAGUACGGCGCCGUGCGUCUCCAGCAGAUUGGCAUCGAACCAUCGCCGACGCCACCGGAAGAGAACAACAGGCGGAUGGACGGUGGCGUCAAGAAGACGGAGAGCGAGCCGUCCAACUCCAGCACCACGGUCGACCCGUCCGUCCUGCUGCAGGACGCUCGAAGGAGUCUUCAGAACUCGAUGGCGAAGCUGGUAGAGGAGCGAGCGGGCGAGGACAGCCGCCGCCGCGCCGCGCGCGACAUCAUAUCAUCCGCCAUACGGACAGGCAAGCCCCCAGUGCCAUACGGUCGGUCGUCGUCUGCGGGCGUGGCGACGGCGUCGCUACAGUCCCCGCCCCCGGCCACGACCCCAGCCGCGCCCGCCCCCGCACCCCGCGUUUUCCGCACAGAGGCCCAUCACAAGGUUGAGGAUCAUCGCAACAGAGGUGUAUCGGUGGAGCGCAUUAUACCUAUACACCUGGCGGGCGAAGAGCCGACCACGCCCAAGACCACGCCCACAUCGCCGCCGAAGUUUACGCCCGCCGCCACGCCCCCACCUCCCGCCGCCGCCGCCACCGUCACCGCCGCCAGGCAGUCGCAGACGCCGAUCAGGCGACUCACAUCAAACGAGUCGUCGGCCGGUGACGCGUCUCCUGGCGAGCCGAUCAAGAAGUCGGCGCGCGAGUUCAUCAUACCCAUUGCGGUGGAAGGCAAGGGCUACGUCACGCCGCGCCAGCGCAGCCUCGAGCCCGAGCACGCGCCGCACUCGCCGCUCGCUACGUCGCGACUCGCACGCAAACCGCGUCGCAUCAGCAGCCUUGUAAGCGGCGGCGAAUCAGAAGAGGAGGAGGAGUCGCCCAUGCACCGGCUGCGGUCGGCCCGCUCGCGGCCCGCGCGCGCCGACUCCGUCAGCUCCGGCGAGGACGACGAGGAGGACGAGGGCUUCCACCUGCUCACCGCCGAGAACCUGUUCUCUACCCUGCUGCAUCGGGUCCGCGCGCUAACAAAUCGUCUCAACGGCGAGGAGGGUCCCGGCUUCCAGCAUCCACACUCUCUGUUCAACAACCUGCAGUCGCCGUUCUUUAACAGCGCACACUUACCCCGGAGGAAUCUAUUCACACAUUCGAGUAGGGAAACAACGAGAAGUAUCUCGGAGACGCGCGAGGGGUGGGGCUCGCGCGACAUGGGCGCGCCCUUCGACUCCAUGUUCAAGUCCCGCCAGCAGAUGCCGCGAGGUAGCAUCAAGAGAAGCGGCAAGCACCAACCGAGAGAGCCACCGACGGACGAAGAGAGCGCCGGACUAGAUCUAUCCGAUUUGGACCUGAACUCGAUCGAGUUUUCGGAGCGCGAGAUGGCGGCGCUGUCGGGGCUGACGCCGGCGCUGUCGCGGCGCCUGCAGCAGCAGCUGCUGGCGCAUCUGCCGCCGCGCGCCGCCCGCCGCCUGCGCCGCACGCUCUCGCUGCACGCCGACCAGCCGCCCGCCGCGCCCGCCGCACCCGCCGCCCCCGCCGCAUCCGCCUCGUCCUCCGCCGGGGAAGCCGGCCCUCUCGCAGACGACCUUACCGACGAUCGAUCUGCCCCAGAACGUUCGAGAUCCGAGGAAACAUCAAACGUACCGACUUCACAAUUCUUCACCCUGCCUCGUCUAAAGCGAAGAACGGCACCGGUACAGUGCGUCACGCCCACCCCGAGCGAGGAUGUCGUGAGCGAACUUUCGCCGGAGACCCAAACGAGAAAACUAGUGCGCGAGCUUUCGUCGGAACCCAAAGAACCGGACGUGCGGGGCGGCAGCGUGCGAAACACACCCGACCGGCCUCUGCUCAGUAAAUAUUUAACGCCAGAAAGAAAUAUAUCUCUAGACGACUAUUCCUCCGAUGGCGGCAGCAUACUAUCCGAACCCAGUUACAUCAUGGCUUACGGCUCCCCAUUAAAAAAUUCUAACCCUAGCUUCAGACGGCACUCUCUUCGAUUGAGUGUGGAUCAACCGAGAAAACGUAUUUCUAGAUUUUUGCGACCAGAUUUCUUUGAUCCUCCGGCGGAAGAGAGUUUCGUAGCCAAACAUAAGAAAGAAAAGGAAUUGGAAACACAAAAAAUCCUCAAAGAGAUCAGGGAGAAGAAGAACAGAGUUCUCGAACCGGAAUCUUUAUCUCCAGAAAUUAAAAAUGAAAAUACAUUCAGGGACGAUUACCUGCCUGUAAGAAAGUGUCUUUCACCAAUUAGCAGUAUAGUUAAUAGAGAGCGGAGUCGAUCAACUACACCAUACUCUCCGAUCCUCGACAAUAUUAAAGAGACGAACUUAGAUAAUUCCUAUAUAGGAACAAAGAAAAGCGUCAGUCUAGAUCGAAACGGUUCUUUGAUCCCCUCUAAAAAUGACAAUGUCCAAAGUAAAGAAACAAAAUUGACAAGACCAAAAAGCUAUCCCGUUAAGAACUUUGAAACUUUUGAGGAUACUAAAGAUGCUUCCGUAGAAUAUGGAGCUUCAACUAUAGAAAAGGAAGUGGAUGAAAAUAAGGUGGCACUAAAGGAGUCGAGAUUAAUACGCCCUAAAAGCUAUCCAACAAGUAAUCCUUCUUCAGAAAAAAUGACACUUUGCCGCAAUGUUAAAAACGAUGAAGUUAAAAGCGAUGAAUUUAAAAACUCAAUGUACACUAAUGGUACGGAAAGGCAAGUAACUAGUAGCGCUGAUAAAAAACCUGACGUCGAAGUCAAUUUUAGCAUUACUUUGCCAAAGAGAAAACCUAAAACAUCGAACUCUGAGAUAAGUAAUAAAAUAGAAAAAUCAUCAAAUCAAAAUUCAUCUUUGCUAUUAGAGCACGAUAAAGACACUAGUUCUACCCUAUCUAUUAAAAGAUAUCAAGUAGUGAAUGGAAUUAACUCAAGUCCGGUUGACGUUAAAUGUGAAAAUACAGUCGAUCAUGAUGUUGUUAAAAAUAAAGAAUCUCAACCACUGUCAGCAGAUCAAAAAACGAACGUUCCUGCUGUUGCUAAAAACGAAAUUUUGAAAUCGAAUACAACGAAUCUCGAAACAAAUGACAAAAAAGCUACAGUUAAAAAGAAGAUUAUUAAAAAAGUUACUGCACGAUCAAAGACUGAUUUAGAUACCAAUCCAUCUUCUAAUGAGUCUGUCGCAACAGAGAAGAAAAAGGUCACAAAGAAAAUAAAAGAAAAAGCGACAGAAGAUAGUUGUAAAUCAUCAAGCGCCACGAAAAAGAAAUCUGUUUUACAAUCGAUUGGACAUAAAUUAGAAAGAUUUGCUACAUCAAAAUCAAAUUCACCCGACAAGUUAACACAAGAAAGUGUUGAUACAAGUGAAAGUAAAAAAGUGUCAAAAUUUAAUAGAACACAGCGAGAAAACUCUGUUCCAGUAAAUACUGAUCCUCCGACCGAAUCAAACUUGAUUAAAAGAGCUGUAACGAUAACCGAUGUAGCUGCCUUAGAUAGCCCGGCUACUAAUAAUAAUCAAAAUAAAACGGCUGUAUCGAAAGUAUUGGGUUUGUUCAAGAAAUUUGAACCUAAGGAAAAGAAUUUAAAAAUUUCUUUAGAGAAAUUACAAAAUGAAACUUCCGAGGCUACUACAAAAGUAAGUAAUGUAGGUGACUUAAAUAUAGAAAACGGAAAAGAUAAACUAAAAAGACCGACUUCUCUGUUACUCAAUGGAUUAGGUCGCAAGAAUCGAUUAAAUAAAAACACGAAUAACGGUACGUCAGAAAGUACGGAAAAAGAGUCAGGAGAUAGCAUAAAAGACACAAAAGACGAAAUAAAGAACGUAAGAAAUUCACUAAAAUUAGAUUUUUCGAGAUUGCCAAGAGUUAAAAAAAUAGUUCCUACGAAUCCUGUGAUAGAACCGCUAAUCAUGAACGUUUCCGAUACUGAUAAAGAUUGUAACUUAAAUGAUAAUUAUAAAACUAAGGCCAGUAACUUAGAAAAUAGCACCAUCGAUGUUCCCGAUUCACUGAGUCGCAGUAGAUCUAGGAGCCGAUCGACGUUUUCUAAUUCGGACGUUAAAUCGGAAGGAAACGCCGCGGAUCUCAGAGAUAAAUAUUUCUCGCCCGAUUCCUCUCUAUACCAUCUACCAGUAAGAAAUCGCGAAUCUUUGACACCGGAAAAGGAAGAUUUGGCCGAGAGAAUACGGCGAAAAAGCUUCUAUUCCAGAUUCAACGAAAGGAAGCAGCGUCGGAAAAGCAACCUCGUCGGCCCCGGUGCCACGGAAUACGAUCCACUCGCAAGGAUACACUCGGCGGGAUCCGAUCACAAAUACGAUAUUUCGCCCACUUCGCCGAACACGUACGAUCUGUCGCCCGGGUUCUCGGUCGCAUCCGACGCAUCCCCCUCCACCGACCGAUACAAAAGCUUAUUCGGUGACGUAUCCAGCACUAAAGCCAAUUCGAGAUACGAUAGCCUGAACGAUAAAAUAGACACGUAUCGCUCCCUCGAUCGAAACGAAUUCAGGAAAUAUCCGGGUAGUCGAAGCUACUACGAUUACGAUCAAACAUCGACAUAUAUUCCCCAUCGGUACUCCAGAACGAAAUCGUUAUUCGACAGUUGCGAGAGCGAGGACCAGGGAAGCCUGUCGAGGGAGCCUCAUAAAUACAAUCGCACCAAUUCGCUUUACACGCCCGGUAACUACGCAACUUACAGGCCAAAAAGAACUCGAAACUCGGCUAUCAUACUCAAGGAGAGCGAAAAAGAACCGAGCCCAGAAAAUAUUCUAGAUAAAAUAAGACAGAGAAAGAUUUCGAUCAGCGUGACGCGAAAAUCGGACCCCGAAAAGGAAACAUUGCAGAGAUCCCCUGGCCCACCUAAAGGCGAAGGCGACAGUUCAGAACGCGUUGAAAAAGUUGACUGAAAAACGCUAAUCUAUUAUCAUGGAAACUUACUUGUGAUUAAGCAUUUUUGUCAAAAAAUAUUUUAUGAGUACCACUUAAAGCCCGCAGUGAACCCGAAUCCCACAUAUUUUUAUAAUAACGAAUCUCGAUCACUUUUUAUACGUCAACGAUGCGAACGUUAUUCUUGCCAAUGACUCGGUGUUUAUGUAGUUUUAGGACAUCGACUGAAAUAUGAGUGUCAAAGUUCUUAGAAAGGCGCGAGACGCUAAGUGAAUAAGAUGCGCGCGGAGUCGAUAUUAUUAAGUUACGUAUUUAACAAUAAUUUUAAUAAUGUAAUAUUUUAUGAAGUAUUUAUGUUGCGGUGUUGAAAGGUGUCGUCGGUGUAGAUGAUGGAGAAUUGAUCUUCGUGCCUUGUGUCGUGUAUGCGAUAGGAAUUGGUGUUGAAAUAUUGAGGACUACCUGAGCAACACUAGUUUUUGCGUGCUGCACAAAAUAUAUUUAUCAGUAUAUAUUUUAUUUUAACGAAUUAGUCAAUACCGAUGGUUUCUGCUACGCUAAGUCAACUUUACGUAUAGACAGUAAUCGAAUAGUGUUCAAUUCUUAGUCGCGUUGUAACAUUAAUCGAAAGAAUGGUGCUUCGUUGAAGGUAUAAGUAGUAACUAGUGACUCGUAUUUACGUAACCUGACGAAUCGCUCGCGACUUGCGAGUUGCGAUCGAUAAAAUAUGUUUUUAUUAAUGUAAAGAAAUCUAUUAUAUUUUGUUAACGGUACAUUAGAGUUUAAAACGAAACGGUUGCAAUAAUUUGUUUUAUCGCCAUUUUAUUAUUAUAGAUCUGUAGAGUACCAGACGUUAGCGGAAAGCUGAGUAGCACAUAUUUUAUGAAAUUAUAUUUAACCCUCGGUUGGUCGCGCUUUUAA